CCCUAGCCGGCCCUCUCUCGACGCCGCCGAAGAGGCUAGGCUGUGGGUGCGAGAGGGCCGGGUCGGGGAGAGGAUCGAGAAGACGACCGGCCGGCCGGCCGGACACAGAGAGUAGAGAGAGUAGAGACGAGACACACGGGGUACGAAUAGUUGCGCUUGCACGUUGACAUUAAAGUUGGUUGCAUCGUAGUGGUUGAGCUGCUUAUUUGGACUGUCACAAUGAGUUUGUACAGAAACUCAGUGUUUCUCAUCAAAGGUGUGAGAGAAUUCUGCAAGAGUGGUUACGAGCAUGCAGCUAAGAGUUUUGAAGCUGGAGCUCUUGAUGUUGACUUAACAUCGCUCUUCAUGAUCACUGGUGCGAACAGCGGAAUAGGAAAAUGUGCUGCUCUGGAACUAGCAAGAAGAGGUGGCACUGUGCACAUGGUGUGUCGAAAUCCAGAAAGAGGGGAGGAGGCACUGAAAGAAAUCACUGAGGCCAGCGGAAAUGAGAAUGUUCACCUUCACAUACUGGACAUGUCGAAACCAAAGGGAGUUCAUGCGUUCGCAGAGCAGUUCAAAGAAAAAGAGACAAAACUCAACGCACUGGUAAACAAUGCAGGAUGUAUGGUGAACACCCGGGAGGUGACGGAGGAAGGUUUAGAGAAGAACUUUGCCACCAACACCAUGGGAACAUUUCUAUUAACGACAGCAUUGAUCCCAUUGCUCAGCAACGCACAGGGGUCCAGAGUUAUAACAGUUUCUUCUGGAGGAAUGUACACACAGAAGCUAGAUCUUACUGAUCUUCAAAGUGAACGUUUGUCCAAGUUUGAUGGCACGAUGGUUUAUGCACAAAACAAGCGUCAGCAAGUUGUAAUGACAGAGAUGUGGGCUAAAACUUAUCCCAAAGUGCACUUCUCUGUGAUGCAUCCAGGCUGGGCCGACACUCCAGCCGUCCGAACCUCCAUGCCGGAAUUCCAUAAGACAUUUAAGGACCGGCUAAGAUCACCAGAGCAGGGAGGUGAUACAAUUACAUGGCUGUGUAUCGCUAAAGCUGUGCUUGAUCAACCAAGUGGGCAGUUUUACUUGGAUCGGAAAGCUGUUGCUACCCACCUUGCUCUCGCAUGGACCAAAUCUAAGAUGGAGACGAAGGAGCAACUCAUGAAGACACUUGAUGAAAUGGCGACUCCAUUCAGAGUCGUCCAACAGUAGAGGUCAGGGGUCAAAUUCAAUGAUGGUCACCAAUUAGUAGAGGUCAACUGUUGCAUCAUGCAGACUAUUUACUUUGUGUUCAUAAUAGAGGGAACUUUAUAUUUUUGAUGUGUAGGUGUAUUUCAUGCUAAAUGUGCCACCCACCGACUUGGUUCAUCCUAUCAGUGUAUUUGAAUGGCAAUCAGGGCCCAAUUUCAUAGAGCUGCCAAGCACAAAAAAUUUGCUUAGCAUGAAAUUUCUUUCUUGAUAAAAA